AUGAAUAAUACGAGUGAAAUAGAUAACAGAGCAAUAAAGCAAGCUUAUAGAGUGCAGCAUAGUGCAGCAGAGUGCAACAGAGCAGCACAUCAUAGCAGCAACAAAGAGAGAAGAAGAAAAAAUAAAAUACCAAGCAGAAUGGCGAUAAAGAUGCCAUCUAAUAGUCUUCCACAUCAGGUAUUUUCCAUUCCAGACCCUGUAGCGGUUGCCCAGGUUAUUCCGCGGUGGAAUUCCUUGCCUUUAUCGGAAUUGCCCAGUACCGAUUCCAAGCAGCCGCAAAAGAACGACAAGACAGCCGCUGAGGAUCGGCCCAUGGCCAAGAAGCGGAAGAUUGAGCCGUCAAGUGUGAUGCAUGCCCUGCCAGAUCUGCAGCUACCGUUUCGGGAAGGUGAAAGGGGUUCCGUGGAACAACAGCAAGAACAGCCAUUUCCAAGUGGCAAAUUGGGGUGGCUGGAAGAGGAGAUCGAGUUGGCGGAUGUACGGCUGAGAUAUGACCCAAGGGAUGCCGUUUUGGAGUUUAUAGCCGAGCAGGACAACGUUAGUAGGUGCUCAAUUCAGUCAUUCCAAUUGCCUGUUUUAGCGGAGAACCAAGAUGUGGCAAAUAAGCUUUUAUUAGCCUUGGUAGGCUCCUCGCCAUCCCUUAUUCCGACGACUUAUAGAGUCACGAUUAGUAGGGAAGGAAUUAGAAUUUCUCGGAUCUUUUUCAAGAUACAGUUGGAUGCGUUUAAUAAACUCAACAAGUACUUGAUCUCGCUCUUGGACUCGUUGUAUUAUACUCCAGUGUCUUCUUCGUUCUUUGAUCAAGAUUCAUCUAAACCUUUGCAUUCGAAAUUCAACAAAUUUCUUUUAGAUUAUACAAAGUCUAUUUUACCUAUUGCUAACACACGUUCGAUCGAUAUAGAUUCUAUCCAAAGCCAAUUAAACGUUAAUCUGUUACCUUUCCAAAAAGACACUGUUAAUUGGUUAUUAGAUAAAGAGUUGGCUUGCAAUGAUGAUAAUAGUUACAAUGAGCCGAAUCUAUUGCAAUUCCUUAACAAAUACAUAGCCGUCGGCUACCUCCAGAUCUCGCCCGAUCUGUUUUAUAACAGAUUCACCAAUUAUUUCCUCUCUCAGGAUUCUGCAUUGCAAUUGGCUCGCGCCGAACAUAUUUCCUCUUCUGGAGAUGUGCGGGUUUUCGGGACCUCUGGUCUAUUGGCUGAAGAAAUGGGGUUGGGUAAGACUGUAGAGGUUAUAUCUUUAAUAUUAUUAAACAAAUCUCAUAGUGCAGGUACUGGAAAGAGGAAAACAAACUUGAUUGUUUGUCCCAAUGCCAUUAUCCAACAAUGGUUAUUAGAAUUCGAUAAAAUUAUUUCUCCCAAUUCACAUUUGAAAAUUUUUCAUUAUCAAGGAUUUAAGCAUUACAUUCAAGAUAAACCAUAUAUAGAUUUAGUAGAAAUCCUUGACGAAUUCUCAUCUUAUGAUAUCAUUAUCACCACAUAUUCCAUCAUUAAAUCAGAAUCGCAUUAUUCGAAUUACAAGAGAAAUGAUUAUCGAUACAUCCCCAUCAUGAAGCAUUUGAAAUUCUUUAGAAUUAUAAUAGAUGAAGCUCAAAUGUUAAAAAGUGCAAUCUCCUUAGCUAUGAAAACAAUUCAAGAUUUACAAACAAUACAUACUUGGGCUGUAUCAGGAACUCCCAUUCAAACUAUAAAGGAUUUCCAAACCAUCUUGUCUUGUUUACGGGUUAAACCAUUGAAUAUUUUACCAAAUUUCAUCACAAAUUUAUACAAGGGCAAAAGGAAUAAUAUUCGAUUCAAUUUAAACGACAUUUUACAAAUUUUCCAAGAUUUGAAUUUAUCAAUUAGACAUUCCAAAAAUGAUGUGGCCAACCAAAUUAAUAUCCCCAAACAAACUCAUAUCUUGGUUCCUUUAAGAUUUUAUCCAGUGGAAAGGGAUAAUUACCAAACACUUUGGAAUGAAUUUUUAAAGGAUUCCAAUUAUAAUGAUAAUGGGUCCAAUGAAACACAUUUAUCUCUACGAGAAUUGAACCAUUGGUUUGCUCAAUUGAGACAUUUCUGUUGUCAUGCAAGUCCAUUAACCAAAACUUAUACAGAUAAUAUAAAUAUGAGCAUCUCCUCCAUUCAAAACGUGGAUGACAUUUUAAAUACUUUAAUCUUGGAAGUACAACGGAAAAUUAAUUCCAAGAUUAAACAGAAUUAUCAAUUGAAAAUCCAUGAAGCUCAAAUCUUGAUGGAAAUUGACAAAUCUCCUUUGAAAGCAUUGGAAGUUUUAAAAAAAUUGGAACAGGAUUUACAAAACUCGAUUUUUGCCUCCUUGUCCAAUGAAACUGAGCUAAAAGAUUUACAAUUACUCUUGCAUCAAACUUAUUUCUUUAUUGCAACAGCUUAUUAUUUCCUAGGUUCUUAUAAAUUAGAAAUCAUUGAUAAAACAAACGAAGAUACUCAUUCCUCCACAAUGUAUUCAGAUAUUUAUUCUCAAGAUCAACUUAAUACUAUCACUGAAUUCCAAUCCUUGGAAACAAUCAAUUAUAAAAUAGCAAAUGAAUUGGAAAUUAAAAUAUUAUCCAAAGAAAUUCAAACAGUAAAUUCGAAUAUUUCUACAAUUAAAAAUCAAUUGAUUGAUCAAUAUGAUUCUAUUUAUUUAAAUCAGUUAAUUCCAAAUCCAGAUUUGGAUCCCGAAUAUAAUGAAAUUAUCUCUAAAUUAAACAUUCAAUCCAUUCAAUAUAAUACCCUGUUGGAUCAAUUAAAAGAUUUAUUAUAUGUACCUAUAAAAUUCGAUAAUGAAACGAAAAAUAAAAAUUCAAAUAAUAAUACCAUUGAGACUACAGAAUAUGAAAACUCAUUGGAUUUACAAGAUAAAAUCUUCUCUAAUUUGUCAGCUUUAGACUAUAUUUUAAAUAAUAGAGAUUCUAUUAUAAAUUCAGAUGAUUCAAUUUUAAUGAAAAAUAUUAAAGUGACGAAUAUAAGAAAUUCUUCUGUUUAUCAAAAGACUUUAUUAGGGGAUUUAAAACUUAUUCAUGGUAAAACUAUCAAACAAGUCUUUAAUGAAUUGAAAAAUAAAAAUAUCAUUUUGAUGAAAAAUCAAAAUUCUAAAAUUGACAACAAUUAUUUAGAUAAUUUACUUAAAUCAUUCAAUGAUGAUAUUAAAAGAGCAAAAAUAAUUAAUAAAAGAUUUAAUACCAUUUAUAAUUCAAAAUUAGAAUAUUAUGCACAAUUACAAAAAAUUUCAGAUUCUUUAACUCAGUUAAAUUUAUUAGAUGAAUCAGAUCGAAAUAAAAUUAUAUUAGACGUUAUUAAGAGGCAAAAAUUUGAAAAAAAUUUGAUAACAAUUUCAAAUUUAAAUUCAAGAUUAAAAUUUUUAAAUCAAAAUAAAAUCUUACAAGAUAUUUCUUCAACAGAAUCCAUUUUGAAUUGUUCCAUUUGUUUAACUAGUAUUGAAAUCGGUUCCAUUUUAAAAUGUGGUCAUUAUUAUUGUCAAGAUUGUAUUUGGAAUUGGUUAGAGAAGAGUAAAAAAAAAAAUUGUCCCAUUUGUAAAAUUGAAACAAAUAUUAAUGAUACUUAUAAUUUUAAAUUCGAUUCUACUAAUAAUGAGGCAACAAUAUUGAACCAUGAAAUUCAAUCCAUUCCUAAAAUUAAUAAAGAGAAAAAAAGAAAUACAACUUUUGAGUUCUUUAAUGAUAAUCAAUAUGAGCAAUUUAAAGAUUUAAAUUUAGUUCAUAAAAUGUCAAUAAGAGAUAAAUUUGGUGCCAAAAUUGAUUUCAUUAUCAAAUUAAUCUUAUAUUUAAAAGUUAAAUAUGAGAAUGAAAAUGAAAAUGAAAUUGAAAUUGAAAACAAUUUCAAUAAAAUUUCACCUCCACAAAUAUUAAUGUAUUCCCAAAAUUUAGAAUUCUUAAAAAUUAUUUCAAAAGUUUUAGAAAUACAUGAUAUUAAAUUUAUCUUAUCUCUAUCAAAUGUUGCCAAUAUUGGAAGUAAAAUCUCACAAUUUACCAAAGAUUCUUCAAUUACAUGUCUUUUAUUAAAUGUUAAAUCGUUAGGUUCAGGUUUAAAUUUAUUAAAUGCUCAGCAUAUUUUUUUACUUGAUCCAAUUAUAAACAAAUCUGAUGAGUUACAAGCAAUUAAUAGAAAUUAUCGUAUUGGUCAAAAUAGUAAUACUUUUAUUUGGAAUUUCAUGAUUCAAAAUUCAAUUGAAGAAAAUAUCUUGACUUAUAAAUGUAAAAUUAAUUCACAACUGAAAAGAAAUAUCGAGAUGAAUGAUAAUAUAGGCUUGAGUAAUAUAACUGAAUUUAACGAAAGUGAUUCAAAGACAAAUUUAGAUAUACCAUUGGAUCAUCUAUGGAAUUGUUUUUUUCAACACAUUUUGUAG